UCUCAUUGUUGAAGGUUGUACGGUUGCCUUGCUUGCUUACAUCCACUUAAUACGUUAAUUUGAACUUGGUGGAUAGUUGUCUCAUUGGCAAUCAUACCUCAUCUCCUUAGUUUUAUAUUACAUUUUUAACUGCAGAAGAUAUUAAAAUGAGUGGUAGACAGUUUGUAGAAACUCUGAAACAGUUAGGAUACCCUAAAGCUCAUUCUCUAGAUCCAAGUGGAUUAGAAUGGAUGUUUGAAUGUGAAGAACUGGUUCCUUUCCUUGACUGGUUCUGUACUAAUGUCAAUUCUGCUAAUGUAUUAGAUGCUAAGGAACUUGAAGAAUAUGAAGCUUUGAUAAAAAGUGGAGAGGCAGUGUUAGAUGGUACACAACUUGAUGAAGCUGUGAAGAAUUUGAUUUCAGCAGAAGAAGAAACUCUCUCUGUUGAUGACCUGAAGAAACAAAAUGAUCAGUUAAAGAUGGAUAUAGAAUGCUGUCGCAAGAGGAAACAGUCACUUAUACAGAAAAGAAACAGACUGAGCUUACAUCAAACAGGGUUAACACACCGUUUGUCCAAGUUAAAGACUGUAGAAUCAAAGGCAAAGUCACAGUACAAGAAAUGUCUAGAACAGACUCAAGCUGAUAACACACAAAUGAAUAAUAGUCUUGAUGAAUUGGUGAAAUCUGUUUCACGCACCACUGAUUUGUAUGACAGGAAAGAAGAAGUAUCAGAUCAAAACAGUCAUGUGACAUUAGACAGACCAACAUCUCCCGUAUUUCUCUCUCAGCUAUCCCAGGAGGAAUACAAUAAAACUGAAGAUAAGUUUACACAAGAACUUACAUCGUAUACUAAAAGAUUAUUCUUUGAGGGAAUAGCAGAAAUGACUGGUCAAGAUGAAGGUUCUAGAUAUGAAAUAUUGGAGGUCAGUGAUCCUGAAAAUUUACUGGUGCGUGGAGAAGCUGAGGAAAUCAACAUUAGUGAAUGUAAAGAGUUAGCCAGAAUACAGGCAUUUUACCCAAAGAGUGAGGCUAAGCGUAUCAAUGCUUUAAUGAAUAGCAAACAGGCAAAUGCUUGUGUACAGUCAGCUCAAGAUAUCAUACAGUCAUUGAAACAUGGUGAUUUUGGAAGAGAUAGCAGCAAGUUAAGCCAAAGAAUCAAUGAGAAAAGAAACGCCGUAAGUUUAGUUAAGAGGGAGAUUGCUGGAAUGGCAGAGAGAGAUAUUCCUGCCUUAAUACAGGAGAGUACAGCUUCUCAAGUAUCCAAGAUACUGACGGGGGAUUAUAAUCUCAAACUAGCCAGGCAGGAUUAUUUCAUAUCAAACCAAGAUAAGGUUUUGAAUGAAUUGAUUUUACAAAGAUCAAGGAAUGAGUUCCUUACCAUGGCAUAUGAAGUUGAGGCAAGAAACCACAGAGAUAUACAUAGAUUACUGACAGCAGUUAAACAGUUACUUUACACACAACUUAAAUCAUAUGAAGACAGAAUGAAAAUGAUGGAAGACCCUGCAUUAAGUUCAACAAGACAACAGAGAGGGACAAUAGAUUCCAGAGACAAAUUCUCAACCAAUCUUCAUCACAUGUUAGGUUCUGAAGAUAGAGAGGAGAAGAAGCAUCUAUUUUUAACAUUUAACAGUCUUGUACAGGGAGCAGAUAAAUUAAGACAGAAAUUUUCAUCAAUGAAGAUCAAUAAAAUAGCAUUGGAAGAAAAACAAGAGGACAAAUUAAAACAGUUAGAAAAGAGUUUACAGAUCAGUGAGCAGGUUGUGUACUCUGGUUCUAGUACAACCAGUGGACAGCCGUGUAUGACACCCAGGCAGCUGAUGGAAUCUAUGACACAACUGGAGGAAAUGUUAAGGAAAUUAGAACAGUCUAUAAAGGAAGUGGUUAAAGAUCUAGAGAAAAGGAAACAGACAUUAAGACAUGAUACCCUGUUAUGCAAGGAAAGAAGAUUGUUCUCCCACUUCUUCACCAAUCCAUCACAGCUGAACACAUUGUUUGAUGAACUGUCUUCCAGAUUACAAGCUCAGAAACUUCAUUGACCCAUGUUGUCUCUUUAUAUUAAGCCAUUUACAUUUGUUAUACAUUAAUAUUUCAAUAAAUUCUUGAAAAAGGAUA